ACAAGUCCACAAAAUAUUCUUCUGCCACGGUCGAGUCCGCACUUUGGGAAAGAAACGAGAUCAUACGCCUUGAAACUACUCCGGACAUCAGAACAGUCUCAACUUUAAUGGCGAAAUCCGAGAAUUCAAAGCCGAUUUCGUCAAAUUUACCCCCUCUCGCCAACUCUUCCGCCAAAAUCCACCCAGCAAACGAUGCCGAAACUGAUCCCAACUCCUACUCGCUCGAGAAAUUCAGACUCUACGAAACCAAAGCGAGGUUUUAUCUGAUUGGGAGUGAUCGGAACAAGAGAUUCUUCAGAGUGUUGAAGAUCGAUCGUAUGGAACCGUCUGAUCUCAAUAUCAGCGAAGACCCAGUGGUCUACACGCCGCAGGAAGUCAAGAGCUUGCUUCAGCGUAUUGCCGAAGGCAAUCGUGCCACCGGAGGGUUAACGUUUGUGGCAAAGGUUUAUGGCAUAGCUGGUUGCAUUAAAUUUUUGGAGUCAUAUUACUUGAUUCUUGUGACAAAGCGUCGGCAAAUCGGAUGCAUUUGUGGUCAUGCAAUUUAUGGUAUAGAUGAGACCCAAUUGAUUUCAAUUCCGCAUGUCUCGAUUCAAACUGAUGUUGCUCAUUCUAAAACUGAGCUGAGGUACAAGAAGCUUCUAUCCAGUGUCGAUUUGACAAAAGAUUUUUUCUACAGUUAUACAUAUCCUAUAAUGCAAAGUUUACAAAAAAAUGUGUUGUCAAUGGGUGUGGAAGGGAUGCCAUACGAGAAUAUGUUUGUGUGGAAUGCUUUUUUAACACAGGCAAUUCGAUCACGAUGCAUGAAUACUAUUUGGACAAUUGCGCUAGUUCAUGGGAAUUUUAAGCAGAUUCGGCUUUCAAUCUUUGGAAGAGACUUCAGUGUUUCUCUGGUUUCUAGACGAUCUCGGCAUUUUGCCGGCACACGUUAUUUGAAAAGGGGAGUUAAUGAUCGUGGAAGGGUUGCAAAUGAUGUUGAAACAGAACAAAUCAUCCUAGAUGAAGAAGCUGGAUCAUGCAAAGGAAAAAUGAGUUCUGUUGUGCAAAUGCGGGGUUCAAUUCCCCUUUUCUGGUCACAAGAAGUUUCAAGAUUCAGUCCUAAACCUGAUAUAAUCUUGCAAAGAUAUGAUCCUACAUAUGAAGCCACCAAACUGCAUUUCGAAGACCUGGCAAAGAGAUAUGGCAAUCCUAUUAUUGUGCUUAAUCUGAUCAGGACUGUUGAGAAAAGGCCUCGAGAAAUGAUGCUAAGGCGUGAGUUUGCUAGUGCGGUCGGGUAUCUAAACCAGAUUCUUUCAGAAGAAAAUCAUCUUAAAUUUAUACACUGGGACUUCCACAAGUUUGCAAAGAGCAAGUCUGCCAAAGUUUUGGCAGUUUUGGGUGUUGUUGCGAGUGAAGCACUUGAUUUAACUGGGUUCUAUUAUAGUGGGAAGCCUGCCACUGUUAAAAGGAAAGCCAGUCAACUCAGUCGAACAAGCACUGGGAGAGAUGCUUCUCUUAGAGAUCUGAGACCUAAUUCAGGGGACCUUGCAAGGAUUGGAAGUAGUAAUGAUAGUCUGAAUUCUUUGAUGAAACAAGAUAGGGAGUCUGAUAGGAGUCAACAGACUAGGAAGAAUAAUUAUGGUGGUGCAGCACCACAGUUUCAAAGUGGAGUUUUGCGCACUAAUUGCAUUGACUGCUUGGAUCGUACAAAUGUUGCCCAGUAUGCUUAUGGUCUAGCAGCUUUAGGCCGCCAACUCCGUGCAAUGGGUUUGACAAACGAGCCCAAAGUUGAUGCAGAAAGUACCAUUGCUGUGGCUUUGAUGGAUAUGUAUCAAAGCAUGGGUGAUGCACUUGCCCAGCAAUAUGGUGGAUCCGCAGCUCACAACACUGUGUUUCCAGAGAGACAGGGAAAGUGGAAAGCUACAACCCAGUCCAGGGAAUUUCUAAAAUCUAUCAAGCGAUACUACAGCAAUGCUUAUACUGAUGGUGAAAAGCAAGAUGCAAUUAAUUUAUUUCUGGGUUACUUCCAGCCUCAGGAAGGAAAACCUGCACUUUGGGAACUGGAUUCUGAUUAUUAUCUCCAUGUAUCUGGGAUUGGAGAUGACCUUGUCCCCAUUAACUGUUCCCCAGCUGAUGCUAAGCCUGUAGGAGAAGGAACCACUCUUGCUCCUAUUCCAGCUUGCAAGGAGGACUUUUUGCGAAUGAAGUUGACAUCGUUUGAUAAAUUGAUAGACAAAACAUGCAGUUCAAUAAAGAGUGUAAGGCUUUGCAGUGAACCUGCAGAUCAAAAACCUGGGAAUUCUGGAAUGGCACCAGAUGCAGUUGAAAUACAGCUCAAGACUCCAAAUUGGCUUUUUGGACAGAGGAAGUUUGAGGACAACAUUUCUGCUCCCAAAGUGGCUGCACAAGAAAUUACCAAUGAAGGGUCUCAAGAGGAGAAAAAAAUAGAUGACUUCUGUGACCUAAAUUGGCUUUCUUCUAUUGGUGAUGCCAAUGAACAGGAUGUCUUUGAAAGAUACCUUGCCAUGACCUCAGUAGAUGAAGCCAAUGGUUGGUAUGGUGGUUCGUUGCUUGGUGAUCAAGAUGAAAGCAGUGAGAUAUAUAAGCAUUAUGCUGAACUGUGUCAGGGCCCUGCCAUGGAACCCUUCCAACAUGAUCCUGAAAAAGAGAAGUACUAUGCUGACCUUCUACGAAUGGGCACAAUUGAUGGUUCGGACGAUGCGGCUGUCGAAGCGGAGAUGGAAGCAGCUCUCAAGGAGUAUGAUCAAAUUGGUGCUGAUCUCGGAUUAUUCAAGACAUGCAAAUUUUUGGCAAGAGAUCCAAGCCAGUUGACAGCAUUGAUUACUGGAGAAUUGUGUACAUUAUAGCAUGUGGCCUGCAUCAAUACCCCUAUAUCCUCCUCAAAAUAUCAUUAUUUCAUGAUGGUCAAUGGUAGAGAUGAUAGAUCAAGAAAGUUUUGAAACUCCAUGUAAAAUAUACAUUUUACCAUUGGAACUCCUUAGUCCUUGCUCUCAAAAUAUCAUUGUUUCAUUAUUCUUAGUUUUUGAUCCUAUGAAUCAUUAUGGUCAAUGGUGUGGAGAUGAUAGAUCAAGAAAGUGUUGAAACUUCAUGUAAAAUAUAUAUACAUUUUACCUUUGGAACUCCUGUUACUCAAAUACAGGGACAUUGUAUUCAGUUUUCCAAUUAUGAUGAGGUGUGAAUAUCUUGUAUGCA